AUGGCUACGACGACAACAACCACAUUCAACCAACAACCCGCCACCAUGACCCUCCGCGGCGCAUCACCACCACCGCAGCCGCAACCCACGCCAAUGCCGGAGCAGAAGACGCAGACCUCGCCCUUCCUCCGCCUGCCGGGCGAGCUCCGCAAUGAAAUAUACGAGAUGCUCCUCACGCCGCCGGAUCUGACGCAGCAACAACGCCGCGCCGCCAGCUACCACUCGUCGGCGUGCCGCAACCUGCCCAAGGCCGACAUCCACCCGGCCAUCCUCAGCACCUGCAAGCAGAUCCACGACGAGGCGACGCCCAUCCUGUACGCCCGCAACACCUUCUCCGCCCACGGCACCCUCCUCACCAAGAUGCCCUUCCUCAUCGAGCCCGCCAAGCCCGUCCUGCGCAACUCGGUCUCGUCGCAGAUCCGCAACUGGCGCGUCAGCAUCCGCCUGGACACCGACCCCUUCUUCACCGCCCAGGACGUCGCCGCCGCCUUCUCCGGCUGCGAUUCGCUCGAGGUCGACUGCUGGCAGGCCCAGUUCGAGGCUUGUGACUACAGCGUCCUGCGUCUCUUCGAGGACGUCCGCGGCGUCGGCAAGGCCAAGAUCACCGGCAGCAUCGAGCCCGGCUUCGCCCACUGGCUGGAGCUGGUCAUGGAGAGCCCCAUCGAGACCGAGGAGGAGAUGAGGAGCGGCAGCUCCACCCCCGCCUACGUCGAAAUGGAGGGCGAGGAUGGCAGGAGAGCCGCCAGAGGCCCCGGUGGCUUGCCUCUUUGGGUCUUCCACUAG